AUGGCCUCGGCGGUGUUUGAGGGCACGUCGCUCGUGAACAUGUUCGUGCGCGGCUGCUGGGUGAACGGCAUCCGCCGGCUCAUCGUCAGCCGGCGCGGCGACGAGGAGGAGUUCUUCGAGAUCCGCACCGAGUGGUCGGACCGCAGCGUGCUCUACCUGCACCGCAGCCUGGCCGACCUGGGCCGCCUGUGGCAGCGCCUCCGCGACGCCUUCCCCGAGGACCGGCCCGAGCUGGCGCUCGCGCCGCUGCGCGAAGGGCUGGUCGCCAUAAAGGAUGCCCACGACAUCGAGACCAGGCUUAACGAAGUGGAGAAGCUGCUUAAGGCCGUCAUCAGCAUGCCGCGCAAGUAUUCCAGGUCAGAAGUCGUGCUCACCUUCUUUGAAAGAUCUCCCCUGGAUCAGGUGUUAAAAAAUGACAACGUCCAUAAAAUUCAACCCAGCUUUCAAAGUCCGGUGAAAAUAUCAGAAAUCAUGAGGUCCAAUGGAUUUUGCUUAGCAAAUACCGAAACAAUCGUUAUUGACCACAGCAUACCAAACGGAAAAGACCAGCACGCAGCUGUGGACCCCUCGGAGCACCUGUUUGAGAAUGGCGGUGAGUUUGCCUCCGAGCUGGAGGAUGGAGAUGACCCAGCAGCUUAUGUCACCAACCUGUCCUAUUACCACCUGGUGCCUUUCGAGACGGAUAUUCUGGACUGA